AUGGAUGAUUUGGUAGCGGAUGACAUCCUUUUUACACCAUCUUCGUCGCUAAAAGAUGCUGAAGAAAAUCGAACUUCUAUUCCCAUUUUUAAUGAAUCACGCAUCUCAGGAAUUCUGUACAAAUGGACAAAUUAUGUAUUGGGUUGGCAACCAAGGUAUUUCGAAUUGGAAGAUGGUGUUCUGGUUUAUUACAAAAACAAAACUGAAAAACAGUUCGGCAGUCGAGGCUCAAUUACGAUUCAGUGUGCUCUUAUUGCGAAGGCAGUACUGCAUUUGAAUAUCGAUGGUAAUAUUCAGGAUAAUGAAGUGGAUCUGUGUCGGUUUGAUAUAGCAACGAAUGGUGUUAUUUGGUAUUUAAGAGCAGAGAAUAGGAACGCAAAAAAUGUUUGGUUGAAUGCACUCAAUUUGUAUGCGACAGAAUUGAAAGAACGCGUUCGUAAACUGGAAGACUAUCGUGACUUGGCAGCGAGGCAACGAAAGCGCAUUGAGCACCGCAUUAAUGAAUCGGUAAUGAAAUGUGAAUCGUCACCGAAUACGGAUACAAAUGCUGAUCAGACUAGUGAAGAGUUGAUCCGGGAUGAUGGUCUAGCCUUUAAUGCAACAACGUCAGCUAUUAUCAAUGACAUUAAUAUAUUAGAUAAAGUUGUGCUUGGAGCAAUAUCGGAAGUGAACGUGGACGAGUGCGCUUUGUCAUCAAGUCAUUUCGAUGGCAGCACCGAGGCUGUUGGUAACGUUGUUAGUGACGAUGAGCAGGAUUGGCAUGACGCUAGAGAUGUGUCGUUGGAUAUGAAAUCUGAUAAGGACUGUACAAACAAGCAACUGACAACACCGUCUGUUGAUAAUUGUGAUGAUAAGCGCUCAAAAAUAUCACCAUCUGGUAUAUUAACAUUACCUAAGAAUCAUUUAUUAUCAUCUGAAAUUGAGUCGAUAACUAUGGAGCAACUACGGUAUGCUAAAGCUGGUGUUGAAGAACAGGGUGUGUCUGCACGAGAAUUCAUUCAUUUCUUUUUCGAACCCAAAUAUAAGAUGACGUGGGAUGAAACCGUCGAGGCGGUAAACGUUGUCGAAUCAUUAUCAGAUGAUACCGUGAUACUCCAUCAGGUGCACAAAAGAGUGUGGCCCUCAGCUCAGCGUGAAUCAUUAUUCUGGUCGCAUGUGCGUGAAGUGAGUGCAUAUAAGGAUGCAGAUGCGUGUGAUCUGUUCAUAACGUGCAAUCAUGAUUGUGAAAGACCCGAUAUACCUUUGAAAAGUACCAGUAACGUUCGCGUUGGAUUAACAAUAGCAAUGGUUUGUGAAACGGUGAUCAAGGAAGGUUGUAAUAAGGCAAAACAUCAGCUGAAUCGUAAUGAUAUAUACUGUCGAGUCAUUUAUGUUGCUCAAGUGCAUCCUGGUGGAUGGGUUCCAAGUGCAGCGUUGCGUGUUAUUUACAAACGCGAAUAUCCAAAAUUCUUGAGAGGAUUCACUAAAUACGUUGUCAAGAAUUUGAAAUCACGUCAGUUGUGCAUCUGA